AGCGUGCCGAAGUAAACAUUCUAUGACAAUCAAACUAAUUAAUGUCUUUUUUUUUUUGAUUACACGUAGGGAAAAUAUUAUUUGAAAUAUGCUCCGCAACACCAAAGAAUUCAGGGUCACUGAAAAUCAAACCAAGUUUUCUCAGAAUAGAAUACAGCAUGUAGAGAAGUAUUUUGGCUUGUUUUGUGAUACCCUGGCUUCUAUCACCAGGAAAAAUGCUAGAUUACGAGAUAAAGGUGACUUACUAUCUAAACAUUUAAUGGAGUAUUGUGAGGCAGAGAAGGCCAACGUAACAACUAGGAAUUCGUUGAUAAAAUUUGCAGAAAAUUAUUCAGCAAUACAAGAUUACAGGGAUGCUCAGAUUAACAGAUUAGAUACUAAGGUUGUAAGACCAUUAGCUUGUUAUGGUACUAUAUGUAAAAACAUGAAAAGUAUUGUGAAGACAUCAGUAGCAUCUCAUAGCAAAGAAUGGAAACAGAAACAGCAACUAGAUAAAUUGAAAGAAAAGGCUCCUGGAGAUAGUCAUCAAAUUGCUCAAACAGAAUUAGAACGUGCAACACAUGAUGCUGUGCACUACAGCCAUGCUUUAGAAGCAGAGAUGGAAAAAUUUGAAAAAGAAAAAAUAAUAGAACUUAAGAGAACUCUGGCAAAUUUUGUGAAAAUUGAGAUGGCUUUUCAUGCUCGAGCUUUAGAAUAUUAUGCUAAAUGUGCUGAGAAUAUCUAUGCUAUUGAUGAAUCACAAGAUUUAGAAGAAUUUAGUGGUAGACUAUUAGCAACUGGAGGAUUUACAAGACAAGAGUUGCAAGGAACCAUGAUGUCUAGUACAGGAGGAUAUGAUCAAACAAUUGGUACCGGAACUUAUAGAUCGGGUGAAUCAACGUUUUCAGAGGAAAGAGACCAGGACAAUAGACCACGACGACAGUACAAUAGAAAUACUGAUAUUAUGUACGGUGAUCUUGAAGAUGAUGAUACAGAAGAUGAUGAUGAAGAAGCUAACAGGUUACGAUAAAGUCACCAUUUCUUAUAUCAUACAUAUAGCAAUCUCCUUUUGAUCAAUACAAGCAUGAAAGAUGUUUUUUUUAACUUCAGGAUUAUUGAGAAAAUUGAAUGAAUGAUUUGAAAAUAAAGAACCUCUAGGAAGCAAUUGUAAAUUUUAUUUAGCAAAACUCUGUAUUUUUUAUCACUUAAAUUUUGCGACAUUAAGAGGGAUUAUCACCCUUAUUUAAUUAAUUGUGAAUAACAUCAUAUUCAAAAUAACGGUGAUCCAACACUUUCAGAAUUUAAAGCACAAUAUUGGUGUCAGUCAUUAUCACAUAUGUGAUUGAACUGGUUAAACACGUUCCAAAUAUAAUUUUAACACAGAGAUCAUUGCUACGAUA